AACCUCAAAAGUGUUUAACAAACUUGAAACGUCAACAUCUAUAAAAAAAACUAAUUUAUUAGUCAUCCCACUUUGAAUCAUCUGUCGGCAAAAUUCGGUGAAUUUUAACAAAAAUAUUAUAUAAAUAGAUCGGUAUCGUUCCAGAAGUUUGGAAUUGUGCUUUUUGCUACUUUUUGUAUAAUAGUCUAGUUUAUAUUUCUAAAGAUGAGUGUACUAGGUUUUAGUGACAUUGUUAACGGACCCUUAGCUCAAUAUCUGCAACUUUCCGCCCAAAUUGGCGGAGAUGUGGCAGAGCAUUCGAAUUUGGUUAAAAAUGCAUUUAACGCCCAAUACAAAUUCAUAGAAUUGGCCAGUCAAUCUUCCAAACCCGCACCCAACGAUUUAAACAACUUUUUGGUUCCAACAAGCGAUAGUAUUCGACAAAUCCAAGAGUUUAGGGAAAAACAUCGCACUUCCCAAUAUUUUAACCACUUAUCAGCCAUCAGUGAGAGUAUUCCUGCAUUAGGAUGGGUCACAGUAAGUCCUACACCUGGCCCCUUUGUCAAGGAAAUGAAUGAUGCUGGACAGUUCUACACCAACAGAGUACUAAAAGACUGGAAAGAAAAGGAUAAGAAGCAUUUUGACUGGACCAAAUCUUGGGUGCAGACCCUGUCUGACCUUCAAGCUUUUGUGAAACAAUAUCAUACUACUGGGUUGGUAUGGUCAGGCAAAGGAGCUCCACCGAAAGCUGGUGGUCCCCCACCACCUCCGCCAGGAUGUCCUCCACCCCCACCCGUCCUCGACUUGGCCAGUAUGGGAGGAGCGGGAGAUGCCAGUCAAGAUCGUUCGGCGCUCUUUGCGGAAAUAAACAAAGGACAAGAUAUUACAAAGAGUUUGAAAAAAGUCACUUCCGAUAUGCAGACUCAUAAAAAUCCAACUUUGAGGCAAGGCCCUGCACCUUUCAAACCGACAACUCAACAGACAAGCUUGUCAUCUGUCAAACCUGCACAGGUUGAUAAAGCUCCGGUUUUCAACCAAGACGGUAAGAAAUGGAUGAUCGAAUACCAAAAAGGCAAUCACAAUCUGUUGGUUGAAAAUGCCGAGAUGAAUAAUGUCGUUUACCUUUAUAAGUGCGAAAAUUCUACUGUACAGAUCAAAGGAAAAAUUAACUCCAUAACGUUGGAUUCUUGCAAAAAGACCUCCGUGGUGUUUGAUUCACUUGUGUCUUCCAUGGAAUUUAUCAAUUGCCAAUCUGUGCAAAUGCAGGUAUUGGGCAAAGUUCCUACCAUUUCAAUCGAUAAGACUGACGGGUGCCAAGUAUAUUUGAGUCCGCAAUCAUUGGAUGUUAACAUAAUUACUUCAAAAUCAUCAGAAAUGAACGUACUGAUACCAAAAGGAGACGGAGAUUACACCGAAAUUCCUGUACCGGAACAAUUCAGAACAAGUGUGAACACCAAAAACAACACCCUUACAACCGUUGUAAUCGAAAACAAGGGAUAAAUUGUUCGUGUUUAAUAUUUAUGAACUACAUUUACGUCUAACAAAUUUUAUAAUUUUUAUUUUUCAGUAUUCGUAUCUUCGGCUUUGAAAUAUUUAUUUUUACGCUUAGCUAAGGAUAAAAAGAUUAGUGGUAUUCAUAGUAUGUAAAGUUAUAAUUUUCCAGGGACUAUGGAAUUAGAUUAUUACAAAAUAUUUGUUGAUAUUGAAAUAGAAAGGAACAAUCAAUAACAACGGUAGCAUUUUCUUCAAUUCUUUUAUUACUCCUAUAAAUGUGCAACAUUAUGAAGGUAAUCGAAGAUCUACUUUUGUCAUUUUUAAUUGUUACUAACAGCAUUCUUAAUUUGAGUACUAAAAACCGUUGUAGUAAUUUUUGCGAUAUUAUUAAGGCUGAUUCCUAUGUACAUAAAAUUUGUUAGUAGUAAAGUAUCUGUUUAGAAUAAAUGAUAUUUAUAAUAUUAAUAACUUAAGCAAUUUCAUACAUUUAUAAUCGAUUAGAUGAGUUAUUGUGAAUAUCUAUUUAGAGCGAAAAAUAUGAAUGUCACCAAAAAGCUGUAGUACUAAUCUCAAAAAUUUUUUGGAACCUUAUGAAUAUGUGCAACAAAAACGCUGAAAGUGUCAACAGUAUCAUGUCAUCCACACCAAUCGUUUGUUAAUUAGUAUAUAGGCUACAAAAAUACUUUCAGAAGUAUGUAAAAAAAAAAGAUUUCUGAAAAUUGGUUUCGUUGCAAUUACUUUUCCGUAGAAAAACCGAUACCACAAGUAUUAUUGGUACCUUUUAUAUAAUUUCUUUUCAUUAAAAAAUUUUAGUUUACUUGAAACCAACAUUUAUGAAUGUGCAUUACACAAGAUCAACAAAUGGUACAGUUUGUUUAGGUGCUUAAGCUGAUCUAGAGAGAGUAACUAUAUACUAAAAAAUAAAGCGUUAGAUCCCAUUUAAAGUAGGUAACUUAAUAGAAUCUUCAGUUUCUUUUUUUUUCAGUGUGAAAACUGUUUGCUUAUAAACGACUUAAGGUACUAGUACACUUAGAAGACCAAAAAUAUUUUUUUUUCAAGAAUUUUUUUCUCGGAACCUUUACUAAAAAUGAACAUAAAACUUUUUACAUAUUAAUAUCUAACUCUUAGAGAGUACAAAAAAAUAUAUCUUUUUUUCAUUUAUGCACGUACACUAAUAUUUUAGAGGGCGCAAAAGUCGAGGCCUCGAAAAAUGAUGGCGGACAGAUAAUCUCAGGAUUGGGAUAUCUGAAACAAAAAAAUCCUAUUGCAUUUGAAAAAGGAAGGUUUCUUACGUGACAAUUUACCACAAUUUGACCAAAAAAUAAAAAAUAAAUAUUUUUUAACCAUGAAAAACUAAAGAGAAACGGGCGAUUGUUUCAAAAAAAAUUUUCAAAUUUCCGUAAAAUCUUUUUUUUGCGGAAUUUUUCAUUAACGGUGGUAAAUUGUCACGUAAGAAACUUUCCUUUUUCAAAUGCCGUACAAUUUUUUUGUUUCAGGGAUUCCAAUCUUGAGAUUAAUUGUCCGCCAUCGGAACUACUUUUUUCGAGACCUCGACUUUGGCGCCCUCUGCAAUAUUAGUGUACGUGCAAAAAUGAAAAAAGAUAUAUUUUUUCUAUUCUAUAAGAGUUAGAUAUUAAUAUGUAAAAAGUUUUAUGUUCAUUUUUAAUAAAUGUUCUGAGAAAAAAAUCUUGAAAAAUGCUUAUUUUUGGUCUUCUAACGUGUACUAGAAUUUAAUAAAAUUCAGCUGCAGCGAUGGUGAUGGUUUAUGUCCAAAAUCUGUUAUAAAUGUCAUGUAUUGAAACUUUUUCUUGUCACAUCCAAAAGUUAUACACCAACAUUUUAUUAAAAUUUAUUUAUACUUAGGUAAUGUUUUAAUGUUUUUUUUUUAAUAAUUAAAAGCGAAUUGAUCAAGGAAAAGUUUAAAUUUGUGUGAUUGACUGUAAUACAUAAGUAGUAUUUUCAUGGGAGUGGAUUCAUGUUUCAUAUCACUGUCUUAAUCUAUAUUUUAUGCAUAUGCUUAUUUUGCGCUAUAUAUAACUUAUCCUGCCAUACAUUGUGCUUUUAAUAAAUUAUAAUAGUAAA